CAAAAACUGGUCUUUGCGGUCAAAUGACUUCUUUUUCGUCUUGCCGAAGUGAUGCUCAUAGUAUUGACGAAAAAAAGCGGGAUAAGGUAAUAUCAGGCAAUCAGUCACCACAUCACAGCCAAGUUCAUACAUUAUCUCAGCGGUAAAUUUGGGCCACAACUGCGUUGUUCGAUAAAUGAGCCGUCUCCGUUUAUAAUAUCAAUUUCCUUGAUCCCGUUGUCUCAGAACGUCAUUCAGCUCCUUCGUGCCUUUUGCUGAUGACGUGCUGUCGUGCAAAGGCCGUGCCACGCGGUCAAAGAAAGUCCUGGAUACGAAGAGAAAUGUGAAGUCAAACACGCAAAGAAAUCGCCAUAUGAAACCUGGAACCUUUAUCGAAUUUAGAAGGGCAUCCCAAAACUUCACUAAGUUCAGGUAAAGUACCUACGGGUAUCUAGCAUUGUAUCACAUCUGAUAAGGUUUCUCCCAUUCAUUACCUGGGCUGCCUGCUUUUUUUUUUUUGCUACCCCGCCAUCGACCAAUGUUUUGCGGCGCAUAGCAAUAUCAGCCUCAGCACUGUACCUUACAUCCCAUCAUAUCUCGUACCAAUACUGAGAUACGCAGAAACUCAAUACCAAGAUUGGAGUAACAUUAUCCGAAUAUUCAAGAUUAUUAGCUUCCGUCGCUGGCUCCGGAAAGGACCCAUUGCCGCCUUAUCAAAAUGGAGGGAGAUCUCCCGUCCAUUCCGUCACGACCUAAGGGUCUGGCGAAAUCGAACUCAAGCGCAUCUUUCGGCGGUGGCUCUGCAAAGUCCGUGUCAGUACUAGGAACACAUCCUCUGGGCACUCUUCAUGUUCAUCAAGUCAGCGAGACGCCUCAUGAGCAAGAAGAUGAUGAUGGCCCUCCGCCCUUGGAUCCUCCCUCGGGACAGAGUGAGAAUACUGUGAUCAAGACCUCCCAACAUGGCUCUUCCAACUCCUUCCACAGCCCAAGCUGGGAACCCUUGACACACAACAUGGGAGGCGGAGAUGUGGUACUCAUAUUAGACUUGCCCGAAGUCUUCACGGUUGGGUACGACUCAAUAUCAUUUACAGCUAAGCACUUUGGUGGCGUCAGGGAUAUACCACCAGGUGCUCACUUCUUCUGGGUCGCUCAUCCAGGAGGUCUUUCUGCUCGGUGUGGUUUCUGGGUUGUCACGAACAGUGUCGACACUGUCCAUGUUAUGCAGUGGGAUCGAUACAAUGAGGUUCUGGGUGACUCAGCUCGUGCUGAAGCCCGCAUCCAAGCCGAUAACCUCGACACUAUUCACUCAAAACUCGUCCCUUAUCAAGAUCCAAGUGCAGUAAACACCGCCAACGGUGAACUUACUCAGGCUACCUCACACAGAAAUCUCAACAUGUGGGAGCAGUUAACUGGCAAGAUCACAGAGGGCCUUCUCAAUCGAGUGACAGGACAGAACUACGAUAAUUGGACAGUACAUACCGGCGAUCGUGUCAAAGGGUCGAUACUCAUGGCUGGCGAGAUGGAGCUUGACAACUCAAUCUCAAAUCCAUUGCUCAAGGCUCGCGAGCUCAACUUCGCGUUCAGCCAACGGACCAAAACAUACUCAACAGAUAACACCGGAGCCGACCGGACUUUAAGAGCCACGGAUGCAACUCCUUAUAUCUUGUCGCAGGUUGAUGCUUCUGAUAAUGAUCUGAGCCCUGACGACGUUAUCGGCGAAUUCCAGUUCUCUUUCGUUGUAGGCGUCCACCUUGGUAACGAUUCAUGCAUUCAGCAAUGGUGGCAUAUGUUGCUGAAAAUUUUUCUCCGUGCUCAUCUCCUCCCCCUCAGUCGACCAUCUCUCGCAGCUGCAUUCAUUCGCACCUUGACGGCCCAACUCACGUACAGCGCCUCCUGGCUUGAAGGUUCAAUUCUUGAUACUGCAGAGUCACAAACCAAAGAUCUUCGACUUUCACUCACUGUCUACAAACGACGCUUGGACGAAUUUCUGCAAGGCUUGGGGAAUAAUGCCACACCUGAGCAAUUGGCUGUUGCUACAGCUUUUGCGGGACUUGAAGCUGUUGUGACUGGUACACUGGAUUGGGAUCUUCGCGGAGACUAUCUACGUCGAGGCAAAGUCAUGAUGGAAGAUGGCGAGGAAGUCGAGCUGGAGGUUGCUGAUUUGGCAGCCGAAGAUGAGCGAGGAGAGUGGGCACCAGAGAUUGUUGAUCUGGAUGAGUCUGGACGACAACGCGAUCUUGUCUCGUGGAACGACUAGAUAUGCUAUUUCACAAGAAUGCUUCGUGCUUCCAAACAUUGGGGGAGACUAGCAGAGCCAACAACAGUAAGGGGUUUCCAGACGCGAAGGAAGAAACAGAGCGUAAUGUGUUACCUUGUGUGUAAGGAGUAGCUCAGCAUCGGAAUGCAGUUGGAUUGGCGAAACGAUUGAGUUUACAAAGCUGGAGUUAGGAGUUGGGAUUUAUUCCCGUAACAGCAACAAAGUACCAAACAUUUGGCUUCUAUCAACACAUUGAACGUAUAUUGGAUAGACCAAAGUUGAAUAUGAUAGCACGAAAGAAGGGUAGUGGUUUUGAACCACGGCCAGCAGUCCAACUGGUAAGUGACGCUAAUUCGACUUGACAGGGCUUGCGAACUGCAUUUGCUCUACUGGAUUGCCUUGACUCGACGGAAAUAAGCCUAGUGACGCUAUUUUGCAUGCUCUGAUCAAAAUUUGAAAACAGGUGUCGUCACAUAUGAAAAAAAUGGAAACUGAGUUUCGGAGCGAGUCCUGCAACGAGGC